GCCGAAAAAUGUCUUCUUUUUCCCCGCAUAGCGAAGUCAAAUGACCAUUCUCUCCUCCGCCCCCCUCUCACGCAGUUCACACACUUCACAUCCAAGCAAAACCUAAGCAAGCGCGACCGAAUUCAUGGCUAACCUCCUGCAGCUGCCGGACCUCGCGGCGGCCAGGCCGCCGGCGGCCGGCGUCGCGCGGGGGAGGCGGGCGAGGGUCGUGGCGGCGGCGGCGCCCGGGGGCCGCGUGAAGCAGCCGGAGGCCGGGACGGGAAGCAGGGGGCGGGUGAUCAGGGUCGCCGACCCCGUGCGGGACGGGAGGCUGCCGGUGCCUCUGCUGCCGCCGCCGCCGCUCUUCUCCGUGCCGGUCACGCCCGCGUCGGGGUCGCCCGCGGCCACCAAGCGGCGGGACGACGACGAGGAGGAGAGGCGGAGGUACUACCUUAACUUGGGAUACGCCAUCCGGACGCUCAGGGAGGACAUCCCCGACGUGUUCACCAAGGAGCCCUGCUUCGAUAUCUACAGAGAUGAUAUUGUCUUCAGAAACCCUUUCAAUAAAUUUGAGGGCAUUGACAAUUAUAGAAGUUUAUUCUGGGGAUUGCGCUUUACUGGACGUAUCUUCUUCAAAGCAUUAUGGGUUGAUAUAGUUAGCAUAUGGCAGCCUGCGGAUAAUGUUAUUAUGAUUCGCUGGAUUGCCCACGGCAUUCCUCGAGUCCCAUGGGAUGGCCAUGCCCGCUUUGACGGUGCCUCCGUGUACAAACUUGAUAGGAAUGGGAAAAUUUAUGAGCAUAAGGUACAUAACAUCGCUACGAACCCACCAACGAAAGUCAAGGGCAUGUCUGUUCAAGAGCUAAUCAGAGCUGUCACCUGUCCAUCCACUCCAAAACCAACUUAUUUUGAGGCUUCAUCUCAAUCUUUGAGCAUGGCUCCAUUUUGUUCGAGAUUGGCAUCGAUCAGACACCAUGUUUCGCUGUCAAAUCUUGGAGAAGGAUAGUGUAGGUUCAGUAUGAUGCUUACAAGUUUUGCCUUUUUUGUUGUAUUGUAGUGUACCAUUUUCACUAAUGAGUAGUACUGGAUCAUAACUGUUGUAUAUAUGUACAGUGAUAAACUUAUAUAGAAUAAAGUCGCUCUUGAUUGGGUUGUAUAAA